AUGUCUGCUGAAGGUUCUACUUUCUUCUCUUUCCCUCGGGAAGAAGAGAAGGUUUUGGCCUUUUGGAAUGAAAUCGAUGCUUUCCAAACGUCUUUAAAGCUUACCGAAGGUAAGCCUGAGUUUUCCUUUUUCGACGGUCCUCCAUUUGCAACCGGUACCCCACAUUAUGGUCAUUUGCUAGCCUCCACUGUGAAGGAUAUUGUCCCUAGAUAUGCCACAAUGACUGGUCACCAUGUCGAGAGAAGAUUUGGAUGGGAUACACACGGUUUGCCAAUUGAACACAUUAUCGACAAGAAAUUGAAGAUCACCUGUAAGGAAGAUGUGUACGAAUAUGGUAUCGAGAACUACAACAACGAAUGUCGUGCAAUUGUUAUGACAUAUGCCGACGAAUGGAGAAAGACCAUUGGUAGAUUGGGUCGUUGGAUCGAUUUUGACAACGAUUACAAGACCAUGUACCCAAGUUUCAUGGAAUCCAUUUGGUGGGCAUUCAAGGAAUUGCAUGACAAGGAUCAAGUGUAUCGUGGUUUCAGAGUCAUGCCUUACUCUACUGGAUGUACCACUCCAUUGAGUAACUUUGAAGCUCAACAAAACUAUAAAGAAGUCAACGACCCUGCAGUAACUAUUGCAUUUAACGUUGUUGGACAAGAAAAAACUAAGCUUGUCGCAUGGACUACUACCCCAUGGACUUUGCCAUCCAACUUGGCCUUAUGUGUUAACCCAGAGUUUGAAUAUGUUAAGAUUUACGAUGAAAAGAAAGACACUUACUACAUCUUAAUGGAGUCUUUGAUCAAGGCUUUAUACAAGAAGCCAGCUCAAGAAAAGUAUAAGGUUGUUGAAAAGAUCAAAGGUAAGGAUUUGAUUGGUUUGAAGUACGAACCUCUAUUCCCAUACUUUGUUAAGGAUUUUGGUGAAAUUGCAUACAGAGUUAUUGGGGAUUCCUACGUUUCUAACGACUCCGGUACUGGUAUCGUCCACAACGCCCCAGCCUUUGGUGAAGACGAUCACAGAGUCUGUUUAGCAAAUGGUAUCAUCACCGAAGACAGUCCUCUACCAAACCCUGUUGAUGAUAAUGGUAAGUUUACUGAAGAGGUCACCGACUUUGCAAAGAUGUAUGUCAAGGAUGCUGAUAAGGAAAUUAUCAAAUAUUUGACUGCCUCUGGAAACUUACUAUUGCACUCUCAAAUUCGCCAUAGUUAUCCAUUCUGUUGGAGAUCCGAUACCCCAUUGAUCUACAGAUCUGUUCCAGCUUGGUUUGUUCGUGUCAAAAACAUCAUCCCACAAUUUUUGGAAUCUGUUAAGAAGUCUAACUGGGUUCCAAAUGUCAUCAAGGAAAAGAGAUUCGCUAACUGGAUCGCAAAUGCCCGUGACUGGAAUGUUUCAAGAAACAGAUACUGGGGUACUCCAAUCCCAUUGUGGGUUUCUGACGAUUAUGAGGAAAUCGUUUGUGUCGGUUCUGUUGCAGAAUUGAAAGAACUUUCUGGUGUUCAAGACAUCACCGACUUGCACCGUGACACCAUCGACAAGAUUACUAUUCCUUCUAAGAUGGGUAAAGGUGUUUUGAAAAGAGUCGAGGAAGUGUUUGACUGUUGGUUCGAAUCUGGUUCCAUGCCUUAUGCCUCUCAACAUUAUCCAUUCGAAAACACGGAAAAAUUCGCCGAUAGAGUUCCUGCUAACUUUAUCUCCGAAGGUUUGGAUCAAACUAGAGGUUGGUUCUACACUUUGGGUGUCUUGGGUACUCACUUGUUUGGAGAAGUUCCAUAUAAGAAUGUUAUUGUUACAGGUAUCGUUUUAGCUAGUGACGGUAAGAAGAUGUCUAAGAGUUUGAAGAACUUCCCAGAUCCAAAUAUCAUCUUGGAUAAAUAUGGUUCGGAUGCCUUGAGAUUAUAUUUGAUUAACUCUCCAGUCUUGAAGGCGGAACCUCUAAAAUUCAAGGAAGAAGGUGUCAAGGAAGUCGUUUCCAAGGUCUUGUUGCCAUGGUGGAAUUCUUUCAAGUUCUUGGAUGGUCAAAUUGCUUUGCUAAAGAAGAACUCCGAUGUCGAAUUCAAGUACGAUCCAACCUUAAAGUCUGACAAUGUUAUGGACAGAUGGAUCCUUGCUUCAUUGCAAUCUUUGGUUGCUUAUAUUCACCAAGAAAUGGCUUCCUACAAGUUAUACACUGUGGUUCCAAGAUUGUUGGACUUCAUUGAUGAACUAACCAACUGGUACAUUAGAUUUAACCGUCGUCGUUUGAAGGGUGAGGGUGGUGUUGAUGACUGUUUGAAGGCUUUGAACACCUUGUUUGACGCUUUGUUCACCUUUGUACGUGCCAUGGCUCCAUUCACCCCAUUCUUGUCCGACAACAUCUACUCUAAGUUGAGACCAUACAUUCCAGAAGAAGUGUUAUCUAAGCACAGCACCGACUCUAGAUCUGUUCACUUUUUGAGUUAUCCAGAAGUGAACGAAGAAUUGUACGAUGCUCACAUCGAAAAGGCCGUCAAGAGAAUGCAAUCUGUCAUUGAGCUAGGUAGAAACAUCCGUGAAAAGAAGACCAUCUCUUUGAAGACGCCAUUGAAGACUUUGGUCAUUUUGCACUCCGACCCAGAGUACUUGAAGGAUGUCGAAGCUCUAAAGCAAUACAUCAUCGAAGAAUUGAACGUUCGUGAUGUUGUUAUCACUUCUGAGGAAGACAAAUAUGGUGUUGAGUACAGAGCCGUUGCUGAUUGGCCAGUUUUGGGUAAGAAGCUAAAGAAGGAUGCCAAGAAGGUGAAGGAUGUGCUACCAACCUUGACCUCCGCUCAAGUCAAGAAUUACUUGGCUACUGGUGAGAUUGAAGUUGCCGGUAUUCCACUAGUAAAGGGUGAUUUGAGUGCUAUUAGAGGUCUACCUGAAUCUGCUGUUCAAGAUGGUCAAGAAACCAGAACCGAUAACGAUGUUUUGAUUAUUCUAGAUACCAAGAUCUACGAAGAACUCAAAACCGAAGGUUUGGCCAGAGAAUUGAUCAACAGAGUGCAAAAGCUAAGAAAGAAGUGUGGUCUUGAAGCUACCGAUGAUGUUAUUGUAAAGUACGAAUUGGUUAAGGACACCAUAAACUUCGAAGAUAUCGUCAAGGACCACCACGAAAUGUUGACCAAGACUUGUAGAUCCGAAAUCAGCAAAGCUGAGGGAACUGAAACCGAUCCGCUAGCUGACGAAGAAUUGUCUAUUAACGACACUAUUUUCAAAUUAAAGAUUUUUAGAUUAUAG